CCUGUUUGAUAGCCAAAUGCACUCAAUGCAGUUUUUUACUUUGUUUUGCUCGGGUCGUCCUGCACGGAAAAUUUCAUACCAAGCGCUGCAUUGGGUUUUUACGUAAAUCCAUUUUAUAAAAAUUACGUGGAUUAUGUCGCGGCACGCAUUAAUCGUAUCCUUUAGGUGGUGGUACGGGAUUCAUUGGCAAUGGACUGAGCAAAUGUUUGACUAAAAAUGGCUACGAUGUCACCGUGAUAUCCCGCAUGCCUGGGUUAAAGCGUAUCACCUGGCUGGAACUGGAGCGAAGCGGCAUACCCAAUAAUGUCACCGCUGUAGUAAAUUUAGCAGGGCAAAAUGUAUUAGAUCCUAGUCGUCGGUGGACAGAUGGCUUCAAACAAAAUGUAUGGACUUCGCGUAUUAAUACAAGUGUAGCAUUAGCAAAAGCUAUAGGAGCAGCACCUCAAGUUAAAGCUUUUGUGAAUGUAUCGGGCGUAAGCCACUAUAAGCCAGAUGAUAAGCACGUAUAUAAUGAGAAUGAUUCGGUACAAGGAUUUGACUAUAUGUCAAAAUUGUGCUUGGAAUGGGAGAAAGCUGCAACCCUGCCUCCGGAUGUAACACAUUGUAGAAAUAUCAAAAUACGUACUGGAGUAGUUAUCGGUCGUACAGGCGGUAUGAUAGAGAACAUAUGGCUUCCUUUUCAGUUGGGGCUUGGUGGUCCAAUAGGAAGUGGCAAACAAAUUUUACCAUGGAUACAUCUUGACGAUUUAUGCCAGUUGGUAGUCCAUGCGAUUGAAAAUGAUAAAAUCGAAGGAAUAUUGAAUGGAGUCGCGCCGGAAAUAGUAACAAAUGGUGAAUUUUCAAAAGCUUUUGCUUCAGCUUUGCGACGUCCCUGUCUUUUCGCUGUACCGGAACUCGUUAUCGAAACUAUUUUUGGCAAGGACCGUUCUGCUUUGCUCCUGUCUGGUGCUAAGAUACAACCGAAAAGGACAUUAGAAACCGGUUUUAAAUUUAAAUAUCCCACUGCGAAAGAGGCUUGUUUAGAAGUAGUUAAGAAGUCCUAAGAAAUCUUUAGCGAAUACAUAAUAUAAGCAUAUUUUAAAAUCUGUUAAACAAAAAGCGCAACUAAAUACACUUACAGUUCUCAGUCUGGACCGUG